ACAACAACAAAAGCAAGUAGUAAUAAACCAAUAAUAAACACCGGCUAUAAGAAUAUAAGUUCAUAUUUACAAAACCAUUUAAUUAGGUCUAAUUGAAUAUAGGCAACAACAAUCAACUGACAUCAUGAUUCAGUUUGACCGUUGUUUAUGGAGACGUGUCGUGUCUUCCAUAGUGUGUUAAUUUGCGCGCCUGUCUCUCCCUCACAUGACCUUUCAGUCUCUAAUGUGUUGCUUGCCUCAUUUCUCUCUCUCCAACUCCAGAUGUAAACAUCUCUUGUUUAUUAGAUAUUAACCCCCGUCAUAACUCACAUUACAUCAUUAUUGCCCAGCUUAUUGAAUUCCAACUUUAUUCGAGAAGCGUUGCUGCUUGUUUUACACUGUUCAAGGUGGCUGAGAUUCCACACUGCAUUGAGUCUGUCAGUCUGAUGUCCCAAUAGAACUACAGAAAGAAUUGCAAGAUUUCAACAUAUCCUCUAUUGUUCUACAUACAAUGAACAUCCUGAAAUGAACCACAUUUGUUUUCUAUAAUUAAAUUAAUUCUGUCCACUUUAUUCACCCAAUCUGUUAAUUACACUAACUUUAACCUUGUUAUGUUAAGACAUUCAAAGAUUCCUUAAAAGAGAGAAGAAAAAAAUCAGCUUGUAAGAUUUGCUACUUCCCUGUCUGUCUCGCUUUGUCAUUUUGGCUAAAGUGGAAUGGUACAGAAAUUGUGUCAUUAGAUAGUGGUGGUCAUCUUAUAGAAAAUUAUCAGACUGUUUCUAUAGCAACAUUGCAGACAGCACUCUACCAAUAGCCAGAAUAGUUGUUUGUUUUGUAACUGGCAUGUUGUCCUGGUAGUAGUUGAACAUUGUAACAAUGGACCUCUUCCCAAUACCGAACCUCAGUGAAAGUGACGCUGGUGGGGCUGUUGCUGCUGCCAAUGUGGAUGCGAUGAUGCAGGGCUGCAAAAAGUCCAAUAAGAACUUGCUCAAUCCUGCAGCCACCGGCUCUCAGUCGUUUCAGAACAAUAUAAGCAACCAGCCAUUUCAAGACAACAGCAACAGUCCACCGUUUCAAAGUAAUACAACCAGUCAAGCAUUUCAAGGUAAUGCAAGCAUUCAGCCAUUUCAGAACAGUACGACCAGUCAGCCGUGUCAGAACAGCGCAACCAGCCAAGCGUUUCAGAACAAUAGGACCACAAAUCAGUCUUGUCAGAACAAUAUGGCCAAUCAACCAUGUCAGAAUAAUAUGACCAAUCAACUGUGUCAGAAUAUUACCAAUCAACUAUGUCAAAACAGUAUGACCAGUCAGUGUCAAAACAGGACCAGUAACCAACAAUGUAGGAACAGUAUGGCCAGUCAUACAUGCAGGAACAACAUGGCCAGUCAGCCAUGUCGAAACAAUAUGACCAAUCAGGCAUGUCAAGACAAUAGGACUAAUCAACCAUGUCGAAACAAUAUGACUAGUCAAGCAUGCCAGGAAAGUAGCAGUCGACAACAAUGUCAAAAUAACAUGGCCAACAGGCAAGCAUGUCAAGAUAGUUCAACCAGUCAGCCAUGUCAUGACAAUACAACCAGUCAGCCAUGUCAGGACAAUAUGACCAAUCAACCAUGUCAGGAUAAUAAAACCAGCCAAUCAGGAGCUGUUAAAGUGAAGGUGGAAGGUGAAACGAGCAAACUGUACUUUUGUGACAUCUGUCAGAAUCUGUAUUCUAAAGGCAACCAUCUCCAUACUCAUAACCGGCCGCAUUCUGGUGAACGACGAUUCAAGUGUGAGCAGUGUGAUAAGCGUUUUCUCCAGAAUAGUCAUUUGAAGGCUCAUUUGCUAACGCAUUCUUCAAUUCGGCCAUUCGUCUGUGAUAUUUGUGAGAAGAGCUUUAGAAAACGGUGUGAUCUGACUCGUCACCACAGAAGCCACACGGGAGAAAAACCACAUGAAUGCCCUAUUUGUGGCUUCAGAUUUGGUGAGAUCAGUCAUCUGAACUCCCAUUAUCGAGGUAGCCACACCGGCCUCAGACCUUACGAAUGUGAUGUCUGUGGGAAAAAGUUUGCUCGAGGAUUUGACCUUCGCAGGCACCAGCGAAUACAUACAGGUGAGAAGCCGUAUAGCUGUGACAUUUGUGACAAGAAGUUUACUGAUGGCAGUCACCUAUUGAAACAUAAGAAAUCUCAUGCGAAAAUGAACACUGUUAACUUUGAAUUGAGUGACACUCAACUGCAACAGAAGAGAAAUUGUUUUCAAAUAGGGAUGGAGGCCUCCACAGCAUCUGUAAAUGAGGAACCAGUACAAGUUAAGAAGAAAAUAAUCGAAAAUGGUUUUUAUUGUGAUGUGUGUGAGAAGGUGUUUUCAUCUAGGGCCCAUGCGAGGACCCAUAAACCGGCGCACAUGUGCCUUCGAAAGUUGAAGUGUUCCAAAUGUGAAAAACGUUUCUAUAGACCGCAUCAUUUGAGAGCCCACGAAACAAUCCAUUCGUCAGCCCGUCCAUUUGCUUGUGAUAUUUGCAAGAAAACCUUCAAGUUGGAGAUGACUCUGAAGCACCAUCGGAACUCACAUUCAGGAGAGAGACCCCACGAAUGCCCUGACUGUGCUUUCAGAUUCCGUGAACCUAAAGCUUUGAAGCGUCAUUACAGGAACAUUCACCUGAACCAAAAGUUUUAUGAAUGUAAUGUCUGUAAAACCAAGUUCAAUCGGAGAGAAUCACUUCGUAGCCAUUUGAAUAAACACAAGGAAGACUAUCCGUUUGGUUGUAACUUGUGUGGAAAGUUGUUUGCUGAUGCCAGUCAGUUGCAGAAACAUAAGAAAGCAUCUCAUCUAGAAAUCAGAACUUCAAAAUCAUCUCAGUCACAACAGAAAACCUAAAACGUUUAUAAAGUAAAAUAAAUUGGUUUAUUUUACAGAAAUUUGUUCAUUUUUAUAAAGAUUUGAAAUCAUAACAACAUUCAUUAGGCUCAGCUCUGGACUAAAACCACUUUCUGGUUGCCUUUCGCAAGAACAUCCUGUUAUGAAAUCAAUUUUACAUGGAACAAUUUCUGUGAUAUAGUUUUUAUUUUUUAAAAUUACAACAAAAUCUGCGUAAGGCUGGAAUAAUGUGAGGUGGUCUAUUAACCCUUAAGGAUCACAGGCUCCCACUUCCUGAUGGAUAUAACAAGGCCAAAACAAACCAUCAUAUUACUAAAGACCACAUCCAUUCUAUUUUUAAUCUAAGCCUUAUUAAUUUAGAUUCCCUGGUUGUGUCCCUUGCCUUUCUUCAUCAGAAUUAAUUUAUUUCUCUUCACUGCAAAAUGUUCAUCCUCACCACUCAACAUGUUUUCCGUGGGUGGAAUGAUUUGACAGGAGCUGGCAAGCCAGAGAACUGCACCAGGUUCCAAUGUCUUCUUUGGCAUGCUUUCCAUGCUUGAAUGCCCUGUUUAAUGUUGGUCACUUUACAGAGUGUACUGGGUGCUUUUUUUUUAUGUAGCACCAGCACCAACAGGGUCACCAAGUAACUUGCAAGACAAAGAUUUCUUGAUUAGGAGAGAGGCUGGUCUUGAGACAGCUUUCUGCUGGUUGAACGAUUAGAAUAUAAAAGAGGUGUCUUGCCAUAGAGGGGAUACUUGGCUACCUUAGUAGGAAAGAGAGAGAAAAAGAUGGUGGAAGAGAUGUAUUGGGACAUACCUACAAAGUAGAGUGGGGGUGAAUGUAUGUGACUCAGAAGGAACACAGGAAUAUGUUCCAUAAGAGUGUGAAGGGAGAUAGGGAAGAGGUGACUAGGAUGUGUUGAUGAGAGAAAUUGUAAUGUGGGGGGGGUGACUAUAGUAGAUAAUGCGAGGGCAUUGAGAGUGUGCAAAUAGGCACAUGAGGGAGAGUUGAGGGACACAGCAAGUAGAUGGGUUGGAGGGGAUUUUUGACGGGGGACUGUGUGUGUGUGUCUGAAGGCUGGGAUGGAGAAUAUAGCCUGUAUGACCUCAAUAUUACUUAAUUUGAUGUGUCUUUUCAAGCACAGCAAAUUAACAGUUGUCUUGGUUACUUGUCUCCUUUCUGAAGAUCAUUUCUCACCACUUCAUCUAUCUUCCUGGGGCUACCUCUUCCACAGUCUUCACAUGUCCUCUGCAGCCACAGCCCAAGUUUCACUACCAUGUAGUAUAGCUGUUCACACACAAGCAUCAUACAAUCUGCCUUUGAAUCUGAGGGAGAGAGGACCUCUGUUACCAUCAAAGGUAAUAGCUUCCUGAACUUUGCCCAGCCUAGCAGCCACGCUUUCAGAUCAACAUCCUCUAUUGCUAAUUUGGUUGCCUAGAUAACAGAAGCUAUCUAUUCUAAGGCUCUCCUUGGACAUUUGAGGAAGUCUAUUUCCUGUACGUUCUUAGUGUUUAUUGUGUCUGCACAUUUGCUUCACACAAAGAUUGCUUGCUCUGUUAAUCUUCCUGUGGUUUCUAUUGCACCAUAUAUGUGUCCAUAGCUUGCAUCAGUGCUGGAUUGACCAUUAAGCAAUAUAAGCACGUGCUUAGGACAUCACAGAAAUGGUAAAUAGUUUAUGGCACAAAAGAAAUCAUUUUAAACUCAUUAAAAUAAAUAUUAUUGUUAAGUGUGUCUUUCCAAAUGUUGACAUUGCUUUUCGUAUAUUUUGAACAUUAAUGGUCACAAGUUGUUCAGCUGAGCAUUUAUUUUCUCAGUUGAAGUAUAUUAAAAAUCCCUGAUGGGAUCAACUACUCAACAAGGCAGGCUGGAUGCCUUAUCUCUACUAAGUACAGAACCAGAUGUGAUACACAAAAUUAAUUUUGAGGAUCUGAUCAAAUAAAUAAAGUAAAAGUUUACAAAAAUCUA